GUGCCUCGCCUGAUCGCUCGACGGCCCUCUCCAAUUAAGCAGAGGACUGCGGUGCCGCGUGGCCAACGAUGACUACUCCGGGCACCACGGCGAUGUUCGCCGGCCUUGCCAUCUUGCUGUUCUCCGUCAGCGCCGGAUUCAACUCCGGCGCCGACGGAUUCGGCUUGCUACUCUGCUUCGCGGGGGUUCUCGCCGGCGUCAACAUCGUCGCCGUCGGCAUCCUGGCGCCCGUCGUCCCGGCGGUGUUGGCCGAGGCGCGUGCUCUCGCAGAGUUCAUUCGUCGCAACCUCGCCGUCGUGGGGCUCGUGAUGGCUUCCUGCGCCGUCACCGCGAUCUCCGGCGAAGCAGGCCAGGUGCUCUGCUUCGGCAUGUUUGCUCUGCUCCUCCUCGGCCUCUCCCUGAUCAGCGUUGGGAUUCUUGGCCUCUCCCAGAUGCAUUGAUGCUCGUAACGACCUCCAAUGGAAGAAUCACAAUCACUACUACUGCUACUGUGUGCUUGCUGAUGUUGAAUCAUUCUCAUGCCGUGUGGGCUCAAAUAAUAAAGCUGCGCUACUAUAGUCCAAGUGUCCUUUCUUCCUCUGGCCAUGUAAUGCAAUGCAAUACUCUCCUGAGAGAUGAUGUGAGCAAUACUCUCUCUUCUGGCCAUGUAAUGCAAUCCUAUCAGAGUACUACCACUUUGUGUUACUCAAAGUAUGGUUUGGCUAUCAGUGGCUAGUUGGAGAGAUUAGUAAUGAAAUUUUAAUUCCCAA